UGUUCCAGUUUCGAGCCAUUAUCUCAAAAUCGGAAGAGCUUCGUCGUUGUCGUCCCAGUUUCGAGCUGCAAUGGCGGAUUCAAAUUCACCAGCGACCCAAAAUUCCCUCCCCCAAGACAACAAUACUGCAACUCCCAUGGCGUCUUCAGGAGCCCAAAGAAGAAAGCUUCCUUCCCCACAGGAACUCGUAUCCCACUACGAAUCCCAAGGCCUUACUUCUCACGAUGCUUCAAUCAAGGUAAUCGAAGACCUUCAAAAUGCUCUUGUAAGGAUCAUCUCCUCCGGCAGAGGCAAAAAGGACAAGCUCCUGGUGGAUACCUCAAGGAAGAUCGACGCCACUAAUACCCGUCUUGCCAUUCUCGACCUAAAGUUGGACUCCAAGCCGGGCUAUGCCCAGACUUUUGCCCUAGGCUUGGCUUCUGGAUCUGUUUUGAAUGGAAUUGGCGCCGUGAUGCCCCAUGUUUUUGGGGCUCUCGCCAAUAUUUGGAGCUCUGUUAGUAAAUUCACUAAGCAUUCUUCUUGAAUUGGAACGAACGUCGUUGUUCGCUUUUGUGAUUUUGUUUUCCUUUUAGUUAGUCGGGAUUUUUCUGGUUUUUUUCCGAUCGAUUAUGGUUAGAUACUCAGAAAAUGCUAAUAUUUGAUUAAUGAUUUUCGAUUUCCAUCAA